AGUGCAGUCAACUUGUCAUCUUGUCAACUACAAACAAACAAUUAUUUUAUAGUUAUAAUAAGUAUAUUUUUAUUUUAUUUAUAAAAUGUCACGAAUACCUCAGUCAAAAGAAGCUUUAUUAAAAUCAUACAACACAAGAUUGAAAGAAGAUGUUAAAAGCAUGUUAGAAAAUUUUGAAGAAAUAAUUAAAUUGGCAAAAGGCGAAAAUGAAUCACAAUUAUCAAGAGUGACACAAUGUGAACAAGACACCUAUGAAAUGCAUGUACGAGCAGCGAAUAUAGUGCGUGCUGGAGAAUCAUUGAUGAAGCUAGUAUCUGACAUAAAGCAGUAUUUAAUUUUAAAUGAUUUUCCAUCCGUCAAUGAAGCAAUAACGCAAAAUUCUAAAUUAUUCAGAACUAAACAAGCAGAGUGCGACCAGAAACUUAUGUCACUUAGAGAUGAUAUGGCAGCAGAUUUAUAUGAUUUAGAAGAGGAAUAUUAUACAAGCAUAUACAAAUAGAAUAAUUUGUGAUAUUUUUUAUUUAUUUAAUAAAAUAA